GGUCAAUACAAGAACUCGACAUAUCGUUCUGAAGACGUAUCGGACAUACGAGACAAACCGAAACAUUAUGCGCCUCAGCUUGUACAUCACUCCACUCAUGGCUCUCAUCAGUGGUGCCUUCGCAUUUCCCAUUCCAGAAGGCGCUGGGACUGUUGACGCAGACGAGAAUGUGGGAAACAGCUGGCACGAAAGGAACCCUGCCAACAGAGUGUCGCGCGCCAAAGCCGAUCCCGAUGAGGUUGUAGGCAAUAGUUGGCACGAACGAAACAUUGGCAACAGAGUCUCCCGCGCCGAACUCGACGCCGAUGAGCAGGUGGGCAACAGUUGGCAAGAACGGAACCCUGCAAACAAAGUCGCUGUGUGGAUAGACAGCAAAGAUUGAAUUAGCAAUGGCUGAUCGGAGGAGAAGGUGCAGGAGACCAUACCAGGUGGUCAAGUCUCUUGUUGGUAUUUGGUGGUGGUAGAGAAAUUCUGGAGGGUUGAAUGCAUUCGUUCUGCUGU